CAGGGUUCCGAUUUUCCCCCUUCCUUACCAAUACUUACUUUCCACUUUCUUUGAUCACAGCCAUCCUGGGGGGUGUGAAGUUAUUUUCUCUUUGUGUGAAUUGAUUUACCCUCUAAUUUCAACUUUGCUCAUUACCCUGAUUCUCCACAACAAAGAGGAAAUUGAGAAAUGACCCAGAAAAUGAGAUUUCUUCCUCCUGCUUCUUUGAUCCCGUCCCUCAUUCCCCUUAAGUCCUGGAGUGGCAAAGACAGAACUCCCUUCAAAGGUGGAGGGGAGAGAUAUGAAGAGGGGCAGGGAGGGUGCACUCCCACACUGACGAUCUUACCCCUUCACAUUCUCACCAUUCGGUUUAUAUGACUGCUCUCCCACCAGACUGUGAGCCUCUUGAAGGAUCCUGUCCCUGUCACCUGUGGACCCUGUAUUCAGCAGCACAAGUUCUGGCACAGAGUAGGUGCUCAGCGAACGGGUUCCAGGUGGGCUGCUGAAGAGUGCUUAGGUAAUGACCUUGGUGGAACUUUGAUUGGAUUUCUCCUGUGGGACCACAGCAACUGAUGCCCCUCACUUGGCACCCUCACUGGCUGUGGCACAAUGGACAACGGAAACGCCCAGAUGCACACGGAGGGAAGGAUCAAGGCUCCAGAAGCCCAGCCAAGUCCUGGCAUGAGCACCAUCAGCAAGAGGCCUGGUGUUGAGCCUACCAUAUCAGAAAUCAGCCAGGUUGCGUUUCCAGAUGCUGCAGGGAUGGGCAGUGGGAAGCAGCCCUCAUCAGCCCCAGGGGGGCCAGAGAAGGGACCAGAACACAGCGCAGCCUCAGAGGAAGGGCUUCGGGAGCUCAGGACCCAGGAGCAGAGGCGGCCGGCAGAACCAGGGAAGAAGCAGUCAACCCCGGCACCCCAGCAAGGGCCCGGAUUGCGGCAAGGAGGCCGUGAUCAGGCCAAGCCAGGAAGUGAGCUGGGGGUGCUGCCUUCCAGGGUCCCCGCGGCACAGGAAGGGCAGCAGCAACAGGGCUCAGGGAAGGAGACCGAGGACCAAGCGGGGAGACAUCAGAACCCAGGGAUGGUGGAGGGUCAAGCCCCCGAGAGCCACCAGGACCCAGAGUGGCGGCCUCCCCCAGGUCACCAGGCAGCUAAUGGGGAAGACAUAGUACAGCCGGUGAAGGCUUUUUGCACCUCGGACAGCCGUGGGCAGCAACCGGGAGACAAGCCCGCCGAGGAGGUGGACACCCCAUGUAUCAGGCCACAGGGGGCUCUGCCAGAGCCUGGCCCAGGGGGACAUGAGGACAGUUCUCGGGGGGCAGGGCCCCGAAUGCCCCUGGCAACUCUGGAGGAAAAGACGGCCAACUCCUUCCCACCAUCCACGCCAGGACCUGACCCCCCAAAAGGAGGGGUCGAGGGGGUGGAGACCCAGCCAACACCAGGGCCUGUUCCUCCACCAGAGAUGAGGGACACUGGAGAGAGGAGGGACCUGGAUCCCGUGCAGAAGCAGCCUCAGGCGCCCACGGUGGCCGCCGGGGCCCAGAACCUCGGGAACCUUCGGCAAGGCUUCAUGAAGUGCUUGCUGGAGGUGGAAGAGGCGGAGGCCACACAUCGGAGGGCGACGGCCAAGGCCCGGGCCCUGCCAAACCGGAAGUCCCCCAGGACCCUGACCCCUGUGCCCAGCUCAGCCCCCAGCCUGCUUCUGACCCUGCCUCAGACCCCCGCGCCGGCCCCUGUGAUGGCCCCAUCCUGGGCCCGGUGGCCAGCCCCCGGGCCAAUCCCCGCCCCUGGGGGCACCCCGGUCCCAGGGCCCGCGGUGGCCCUGCCGCCCCCCACCCUGGACGCGGGCUGGAGAAGGACAGAACUCCUGCACCCGAGCGGAGACAGGAGCCUGAGCAGCUCCAAGGCACGGCAGGAGCUGGAGGAGCGCGGCCUCCUCAAGCUGUCUCAGACCCGGGAGGAGAGGUCGGAGGAGCACCUCACCCUGAAGCAGGAGGAAGCCUUCCGCAGCUACUUUGAGGUCUUCAAUGGCCAUGGCGAGGUGGACGCCCAGAGCCUGGAGAACAUCCUAUUGCUCGUGGGCAUCUCCCUGACACCGGCCCAGGUAGAGGACGCCCUGAUGAGUGCUGAUGUUGAUGGAGAUGGUCGUGUAGGCUUCAAGGACUUCUUGGCUGUGAUGACAGACAGCGGGCGUUUCUUCUCCUCCGUGGAACAGAGCGCCCUGACGGACACGGCUCCCCCCAACCCCCACACUCUGCUCUUUGAGAUCCUGUCCCUGAUGGUGGAGAUGCUGGCCCUACCCGAGGCAGCCUUAGAGGAGAUCACCGACUAUUACCAGAAGAAGCUAGGCCGGCUGCGGUCCCGGAAGAAGCUUCCCCGCAACCCCCAGCAAGCAGACACCUUGGAGGUCCCGGAACGAAGGGUCCUCAGGAUCCUGAGCCGGCUGAAGCAGCAGAACUAUGCUGCCAAUCUGCAGAGCCCCUACGCCCAGGUGCCCUGCAUCCCACUCUAUCCGCGGCUGGACAAGAAGAUGGCCCGACGGAAGCAGGGCAGCCACUACGUGCUAGAUCAGUGUACCCCCACCAGCCUGGGCCCCGACAUCCGUAGCCUUUUCUUCCAGUCAGGAUCUCAAGGAAGCAGGUGGGUGUCCAGAAGGCAGGGGCUCCAGCCCAGGCCCAUCCACCUCCUUCUUUAUGAGGCGCUGGCCUAA